UAUAUUUUGCCUUCAUACUUUAAUAAUAAUCCAUUGUUAAUUACCAAUAUAUUAAUUAUAAAGAAUUAAAAGAUUAGGCGCACAAACUUCCGUUAAAGAUAAAUCCCUGAUUUCUUCACGAAUACACAUAAACAGUGACUCGUAUCAGCGUAUUCAAUUUUUUUUCACCCUACACCGAAAUCGAUGAUUAAGGAUGAGAUUAGACCUGAAGAACAGUCGCAUGAUCACCGUUGUAGUGGUCUAUCUCAGCCUCUUCCUGGAUAAUGUCCUGUUGACGGUAGUCGUGCCGAUUAUCCCCGAUUAUCUGUGCACGCUCGACGCAAAUACGACCGCGAGCGCCGAGGAGGACGAAAACGGUCGAGUGGGAUUACUACUGAGCUCGAAGGCUCUGGUCCAAUUAAUAUUGAAUCCCGCCGUGGGCACUCUCACCGGCACUCUGGGCUACGCCAGACCUCUGUUCCUGGGAAAUCUCAGCCUCUUGCUGGCUGCUUUGCUGUUCGCCUUCGGACAAACAUACGAGAUACUGUUCUUGGCGCGAAGCAUUCAAGGUAUAGCUUCAGCAUGUAUAGCAGUUUCCGGCAUGUCGUUGGUCGCCUCUCAAUACUCGGAAGAAGACGAAAGAUCUAAAAUCAUGGGGUUCGUUCUCGGUAGUAUCGCGCUAGGCGUUCUCCUAGGUUACCCGAUUGGCUCCGUGCUUUACGAUCUCGAAGGAAAAAUGGCACCAUUUCUAUUGGUGUCUAGCCUCAUUGUUGUACUAAUCUGUCUGCAAAUUUUGAAAUUAGAUGUUCAGACAAACAUUGAGCCAAACGAGCAACAAACUACUUGGCUGCAUUUAUUGUCCAAUCCACACAUCCUCAUUAUCUCCGGUGCAAUUUGGUGUUCCACGUCACCAAUGGCGAUAUUGGAGCCUUGUUUACCGAUUUGGCUUCGGACUCACAUAAAACCCAAGAAAUGGCAACUGGGUACGGUAUUCAUACCAGACAGCGUUGGCUAUUUAAUCGGGACCAACUUCUUCGGCGUGAUAGCGUAUCGUUACGGGCGCAGCAAAGUGGCGAUCCUGGCUAUAUUCGUGGUCGGCGUUAGCGCCAUUCUAAUCCCGUUGGCGAACACAAUGUCGCAGUUGAUAUUCCCGCAUCUGGGAAUGGGUCUGGGCAUCGGCGUCGCGGAUGCAGCCCUAGUGCCGUUGCUGGCCAGCUUAGUAGACCGAAAUGGCAACUACGGUCCCGUUUAUUCGAUCCAACAAGUGGCUGUCAGUUUGGCUUACUCCCUAGGGCCCAUCACGGGCGGCGAAAUGGUCAAAGCCAUUGGAUUCCCGUGGGUCAUGCGAGUCGUGGGCAUCGUGAACAUAGCGUACUGUCCGUUGUUGAUAUACCUCACGUUGGAACGGAAAAAGUUGUUGGCGAAAAAAGAAGGAAAGAAGGACUACGACACGUUUCAAAAAUCCGUCACGCCCUACGAGAGAUUUCACGAUUCCGACGAAGAUCUUUGACAGUAAAUAAGACUCAUUUAGCAAUCGCAAAAUUGAAUAUCAUAUUGAUUAACUCGAGAAAAUUUUGUAAAUUUCUAUAUGUGUUAAUACUUUUUUCUUUCCAUGACAAGAGAUAACAUUGCUCGUGUCGGUUACUCGCUAUGUUUUUUAAAACAUUAUAUCACCUAAUUGUCAUAUAAUUUUCGCGAGUCAUUGUCUCCAUUCUAACAAACAAUCGCGCGACGUCAAGUAUCGUUAAAUCCGCUUUUGGACACCCUCGAAGUAGUGUCUAGUAACGUUAUUGUGUCCCCAAUUAAGUGCGCCAUGCAGAACCGGGUCUUCGUCGUAAUUGGUAACCCAAGUGAAUUAUUGGGCGAACAACAUCCCCCCAGGCUGUCAUCCAUGGAACGACGACGUUUCUCGGAUCGGAGAGCAGGAAUUUGCUGAAUUCGCGAGAGCGAGGUACAGGACAAGAAACGCGCCCUUCUGUUAGUGGAAAAUGACGACGAUCGAUCGACCGAUGUAGCCGAUAGCUCUGAAAGCUUAUUAAUGCACUCAAUCUACAGCGAAAUUCGUUUAUGUUGCAUUAACGGUCCCCACCGUCUGCCGCAAGCAUUGACUCUCGUCAUUAGCUUACGUAGAUCGUGCCGUGCCGUAUACAAUGUAUUUGAUCAAUGGCGUGUCCCUGCACGAUCGGUUGCGUGCAAAAUCGGAUGUUCCAACGAAUCCAUGCGUAUAGUUUCAAAAACGCGGAGAAGAACUAAAAAUAAUAAUUUUUCACAAAUGUUAAAGUACAUUUCAUUCAGGCUUUGUUUAAUUUUGCGAAAUUUUUCUACUCUCGUCGCAUUCGAAUCUUUUGUUUAAGUUAUAGUAAUGCUGGAAGUACAAAUAUUAAAGGGAUUACUAUAUAUAAUACAGUCUGCAUAUUAUUCUCCGCGCGCGCGCGCGCGUAUACGAACAGCCUAAUGAUUUCGGUUUGUCCGAUCAAACGCCGUAAAUAUUGAUCGUAGGAAAGUCGAAGCGCAUAGAUAAAUCCCGGCUAUUUUCCUUCGAGGAAGUCGGAGGCGUAACGUAAACAGGGCGUUGGUGCCGUCGAUGUUCGAAGGAUUUGUAAGCGAGGAGCAGGGCGCGCGAGAGGAGGCGAAAUGGGGCGUGACUGACUUUGCACCCCGGGGUUUAUUCGGUGAACAACGCCGAUCGUCAUUAGUAAGGGUGUUAGACUAAUCGCGCCACCGCCGUCGCCGCGAAAGAAGCCAACUUGCAGAGCCCCGUGGGCGACACGCGUGGAUAUUGCUUUCUAAAAAUGAAGUGUCCCCUCGGAAAACUUUGUAUAUCAAUUUAACAGGCAGUGCUGAAUUAUUAAUAGUGCAGAGCUAACGUCAUUAAUUAAUCAAUCGGUGUUUCGCUGCGGAAUUGUAUAUAAUUAGCAUUGCCUUUCGAAUCUAUGUUACGUAUCUGUGCUUUUAUAUUAUUCCCAUUGUAUAUCCUGCAAGAGUGUACUAAUUUCAGCUGUAAAAUCGAUAAUAAAUCGAUAAUGUUUCUUCUACGAUAA